AGUACUUCUCGUUCUCGUAAUCUUCCUUAUAUUUUUUUCUACCUUUUUCCUCUUCUAUUUUUUCUUAGUCCUUCUACUCUUCUUUUUGUUCUUCUUCAUCUUCCUCCUCCUCCUCUUGCUCCCACUAGUCAUCCUCCUCCUCCUCCUUCUAUAAUCCUCGUCUCAAUCUUAUUUUCAUUUUUUUCUUUUCUUUUAUUCCCCAUCCUGCUCCUCUUGUUUUUAUUCGUCACCUUUUCCUCUUCGUCUUCCUCUUCCUCCUUCUAGUUCUCUUCCUCUUCCUCUUCCUCUUUUCAUCCUUCCCUCCUCCUCCUUCACGUCCUAAUCUUCCUCAUUUCCUCCAUUCAGGCAAGUUCAACGCACUACCGCCUUACGCGAAGUCGGUAGCGUGGCGUUGGGGCGCGGAUAGAGGAGUGUGUAUUCCGCUGGUUCUGCCUCCUCGGUAUAAAGGAUGGCGGGGCGGCGGCGGGCUCAGUGUGUGUUGGCCACCUGUUGCGUGAAGGACGGGGUGUCACCUGGACUCUGGCGCCGCACACACACACGCACGCACGAGACUGACACCCCCAUUUCUCCUACCCCGCCCAAACACACACACCCAUGCACACAAACACCAUCAUCAUCCCUCUCUUCCAUCUCACCUCUCCCAUGAUUCUCGUCAUUGAAAAAAAGGGUUAUUCUGCUCUUCUACGAAUUUGAUUAUUAGUUUUGUAGUUUUGUUUUUCUUCUCGCAUUUACAUUUGUUUGAGAUUUCGUUGUCGGGUCGCGCGGAGAUUUUGGCUUCGUUGCGAUGUGCCGAGCUGACUGAACGAACGCUUGUGGCCUCCUGACCCACACACAUCUGUACAGCAUCACAUCUGCUUCACCUUCAUCUCCUCCUCCUCCUUCCUUCUCCUGCGCCUCCUCCUCCUCCUCCUUCCUUUUCCUGCGCCUCCUCCUCCUCCUCCUUCCUUCUCCUGCGCCUCCUUCUCCUCCUUCCACCCCAUCCCCAAACUCCAAAGUGUCGCAGCACGUAAAACACUGUCGCUAACGGGUCCUCUACACGUCAAGUUUGUGUUGUGUACGCGUGUGUGUGUGUAUACGUGCAUGUUUAUAUUUUCUGCUUCAUCGGCUUCAUGCUCGUCUGCUGUCGCGCCUGCACUGAGCUGUGAGAUGCUGUGACGGGCCUCGGACACCAAUUCACCCACGCACCCACGCGCUCACCCACCCCCCUAGCCACCAACAUGCCCCGUCGUUCCACCCAAACCCUCCCUCCGUCACCACAACGACCACCACUUCCACCGCCAUUAUUACUUCUGCUGUUAUUAGGGCUUCUGACGGUGGCACAGGUGGCGGCGACGGAGGGGCUGACGGAGGAGGAGCUGCGUCUGGUCUUCAAGGGGAGAGACACAGUGCCCACCUAUAGCUUAGUUGAGCCUCAGGUGGCGUGGGGUGGGCGGGAUAGGCGGGAGGCAGGCGUGGGUGUGAGCAAAAGAGACACCAGGGACACCAGAGACACCCACGCCCAUGCCCACACCACCUCAGGGCAAGGAGACACGCCCACCCUCACUUUGGAUGCAUUGGGGAGAACGUUUAAUUUUAGACUCAAGCCCAACAAUGAUCUCCUGUCGCCUCACUUCGCCUUCCUGGGUCGCCGCGGGGCCGAGGUGGAGGUGAAGGGCGUGAGUGGUACCGAUCUCUCCUGCUACUACCAAGGCGUGGAGCAGACGGAGGAGGCGGAGGCAAAGAAGGCGGAGGAAGGAAAAGCCAAUACCAUCACCAACACCACCACCUCUACAGCCGCUACUACUACGAUCGCCGUGGAAUUGUGCGGUCGAGUGCGCGGCGUUAUCAGGGGACCCUCGCAGGAGUAUGUGAUCGAGCCCCUGCCCGCCGAAGUCACCCAUGCCAGGCGUCGACGGAGCCCCCGCAGCGCCACCUCGCCCCACCUUGACCCCCCGACGCACAUCAUCUACGCCAGGGACACGGCCACGGAGACAGCGGGAGAGUAUUUACGGAGGUCACGGCGUUCAUUUGUGGACAUGGGCGGGGCGCGGGCGGCGAUGGGGGAGCGGACGGGCCUGCGCUCCUACUACGACAGCUACGAGCACGUGGUGGACUCGCAUCUGAGGUCUGAGUGGGACGACGGAUACCCGGGCAGGAGGGAAGAGACGGUGUCGCAAGGGAUCGGGAGCGGGAAUGAGCAGGGGAAGGACCUGUACAUCGAGACGUCCGUGUUCGUGGACCGUGACCUUUACCGACACAUGCUGGACAACUUCCCCGACGACACCGAGGAGCAGGUGCUGAGGGUCGUCCUGGCCAUGGUGAACGCGGUCCAGCUCCUCUACAACGACAACUCUCUGGGCCACAGUGUCAAGUUCGUGCUCAAGCGCCUGGAGAUCCUGUACACGGACCCGCCCGGCCUCACGCGGCCCUACGACAUCGACCACUUCCUCACCAACUUCUGUGCGUGGCAGCGAGGCGAGAACCCGGAGACGGACGGCGACGCGCUGCACUGGGACCACGCCCUCAUCCUGACGGGGCUGGAUGUGUUUACCGUCACCUCCACCGGGAAGGUCAACGCGCAGGUGGUGGGCCUAGCUCCCGUGGCUGGCAUGUGCACGCGCUCCAGCUCCUGCACCGUGAACGAGGGGCGCCACUUCGAAUCCGUCUACGUCAUGGCGCACGAAAUAGGGCAUAACCUGGGUAUGCGGCACGAUGGACUGCAGGCGGGCAACAACUGUGACCCGGGUAGGUACAUCAUGUCCCCCACGCUGGGCUCGGGCAAGAUCACCUGGUCAUCCUGCUCCCGACGCUACCUGGACGCUUUCCUCAGGUCCCCGCAGUCACUCUGUCUCCUGGACCCUGCCAAGGCUGAGGGCACACAUCUAGACCAUGAAGCCACCUCCCUGCCAGGCCAACGCUUCCCUGUCGACCAGCAGUGCAUGCUGAAACACGGUGCGGGGAGUUACCACGCGACCUCGCAGCGCCUGGAGGACAUCUGUGAGGACUUGCACUGCCGGCGAGACCACUACACCUGGACGUCCCACCCCGCGCUGGAGGGCACCACCUGUGGACCCCGACAGUGGUGUCGUAAAGGCCUCUGCGUGGACGACACCAACGCCCCUGACCUCCCGCCGGCAUCCCAGUCCUCCUCCUCCUCCUCCUCUUCCUUCUCCUCGGCCUUCACCAACGGCCUGGGCUCCGGGGGGCGUGACGGCGGGGCGGGCGGGGAGUGGGGGCCGUGGUCCGAGUGCCGCUCUUCGUGUCUCUACGGCGUGGACGGUGCCUUGUCGUCUGGCAGCUCCGGCCUGGCACUGUCCGAGAGGCGGUGCAGGACCUGCAGGGAGGAGUACCGCUACAGGCUCUGCUCGGCCGUGGAGGAGUGCAGCUCGGGCCAAAGGAUGACGGUGCAGGACUACGCUCACGACAUCUGCAGGAACCGCGCGCGUGCCUCGGCUCUCCUGACGGGGCGGGCGGUGCGGGUGCCGAUGAGAGGCCCGACCCAGUGCGAGGUGGAGUGCGAGAAGGAGGGGCGUGAAGGCGUGGAGGCGUCCAGCAGGAGCUUCCCUGACGGUACCGUGUGUCAAUCCGCCUCCAACUUCCCCGCCUUCUGCGUCGCCGGCGUGUGCACGGAGUUCCGGUGUGAGCCUGACGCCCUCUAUGGUGCUGACCCCAUCACCUGCCGGCCUGACAUGGGCGCCCCGGACCCCCACCGCCCCCUCGGCCCCCUCCCCCGCCCCGCCGCUUCAUUCGCCACCACCCGAAACCCCUCCAUCGCCACCCACUCCUUCGGGAACCGCAAGUGGGGCCCGUGGAGACCUGCCUCAAACUGCCGCUUCAGCUGCCUCGAGCCGGCCAUGGGCAUCCAGUUGGUGAGCCGCAAGUGUCAAGACCGAGGGUGUUUCGGCGUCAAUAGAAACAUCCAGGUGUGCUCGCCGCCAAGACAGAAUCAGGAGUGUGACAGGAUGCAAACGCCCUUCGAUUACGCGAGUGAUGUGUGCCGUCGCUUCAAGGCCAGCGUUAGCAAGCUCUCCGGCGUGGGCAUGCAACUCGCUGGCACGCAAGACGACCCGGACCGCUCCUGCACGGUGGCUUGCCAGGACGCGGAGCUCGACUACCGCUUCUACCGCGUCAAAGGCAGGGACGGCUGGUUCCCCUUUGGCACCGAGUGUUCGCGGGAGCAGCAGGGGCGGGGCAUGGGGAAGAGGCGCUCCUACUGCCUGAACGGGAGGUGUUUGGACUUCUCGGAGGAGGGAACGCCCUUACGAAACACCAUCUACACCGACUACGAGAAGGGACGCGCCCUCGACCUUGAGCCCAUCGAGCGCGCCUUUCCACUGGAGCUGCGCCGCCCGGCCCCCUAUACGAGCUCCUGGAGGAGGCCCCGGCGGGACGUGGUCUCCUCCUCCCACGCCAUCUCCAGCAGCCUCAGCGACCGCCUGCUGCUGCGUCUCGUCGACCAGAUCAACAUCACCAUGUCGUCAUUCCGCGGUAAGGGUAUUGCGGACUCGACCUCGACCUCUUCGUCUUCCAUUGACCUCAAGAACCCGCUCUUCGUCAACGAGAUCCCCCCAGACACGCCGGCCACCACGCGAGGGCCUGGGAGGGCGGGGGCAGGGCGGAGCAUUGGCCCAAAGUCCACCUCAUACACCCUCCGCCCCUACAAGCCGCGGCCCAUCGAUGCUGUGAGCUUGGGGGCCGUGAAUGUAUCCUCCUCCCCUUCGUCGUCGUCAUCGAACGGGGAUUACUUUUGGAGGCUGAAGGUGUCCCCGUGUUCCGUGACGUGUGGGGCAGGGGUAGAGGAGGAGAUCGCUGUGUGUGUGGACAGGUGGAGGGGACAGCCGGUGGAGGGAUGGCGCUGCUCCCCCAGUAAGCCUCCCGCCACCUCAGGGUUCAGGCCGUGCUGGGGGGCCAAGACGAGGUGCCCCGCCCUACCCCCUGACGCAGCCUCCACCGUGCUCGGCAGGUGGCUGAUAUCAAUGCUGCGGGGCGUGACUGACGGUGAUUGACGCUGAAUGAGGACCUAGCGGCGUAGUGACUGAUUCAUGAAUGUACUGUAGUGGUAGAUGUAGUUUCUUUUUAGAGUCUUAGAGUUGAGGAUCCUCUACCCCCUUUGACCCGCAGUAAGUUAUUAGUCUUCGUACCAAGACUGUGCACGGUGGCGGCCCCAGAGGCCAUUGCACCCGCCAUACAAAACUUUACUUCUUAGCCAAUUCCUAUCCCUUAGACUCUCCUAAGUGGGCAUGUACAGUAUAUCACUGGAUUCACCAAAGAAUCGUCUACAAGGUGAUUAUAAACAGUAUGUAUUAUACAAAUAAUGUCAUUGUUUUUUCCACUGGAAAUAAACGGAAU